CGGGACAUGCUAGCGGUACCCAGUACGGAGUCCGGGAUCAGAAGGCCUGCAUUCCGCGCCGCCGCCGUCCCGUCUUGGAUGGUACCAAGUACAUGGGACUAGUCCAGUUCGGCGACCCGCACUCCCAAAUAAACCGAGACACAUGCGAGCAAGGGGAAGAUGCGAAAGAUGCAUCAUGACCGCCUUUCCGGAGCUGCAGGUUUUGGAUUUCUUUUUUUUUUUUUAUGUGCGCCCGUGUGAGUUGUCAGUUACAAUGAGGUACGUACCUUUACACCAAGCAAAAAGGAAAACAAAAAAAAAAAAAAAAAAAAAAAAAAAAAAAAAAAAAAAAAAAAAAAAAAAAAAAAAAAAAAAAAAAAGAGGGGUCAAAGCAGGAAAAAGCAAGGAAAGCAAGGAAAAGGAAGCAUCAGAAGUUAGUAUAAGCCGUAAAGUCACAAGUAAAGUGCACAAAACGCCCCCCUCAAUCCCAUUUAAUCGUGGGGCACAAGAACGCCUCGGGUCGACGGUGAAUGAAUGAGAGCAAAGCAAGAGAUGCGGGCCGAGACAAUUUUGACACCGGAUGCUUCUGGCAUGACGAAAAGUCUAAUAUUGGCGCCCCAAAAAAAAGAGAGAGGGAAAGAGAGCUGCGGUAAUUUUGUGUCUUUGUUUUCGGACUCGAGCAGUUCUCCGUAUCUAAUACUACUGAUAAAU